UGCAGGUAUGUGAGCGGAACACAGGAAGCGAACGUUUUUCGGACUGCUCCGCAGAUGGUGCCGUCUGUUUUGCUUUAAUGUGACUGACUCCACCUGCUUGACCAGUCGACUAAUUUAAACCCAAGACGAAGAUAUCAGAAACGCGACACUUUGCUUUUUAACUGAUAUCUGAGAAGCCUCGGCUGAUAAAUCCGGAGCUUUAGUGCGAGGUUAGGGCGUGUUUGAGUCUUAACUGUUAGACAGACUGCCCCCUCCUCCUCCUCCUUCUUCUUCUCCUCCUCCCCACUGGAUGCUAACUCGGUCCGUAGAGGAGCAGACAAAGAUGGGGUGUACGCUGAGCACGGACGACAAGGCGGCGCAGGAGCGGAGCAAGAUGAUCGACAGGAAUCUGCGAGACGACGGAGAAAAGGCUGCCCGGGAGGUCAAGCUGCUCCUGCUUGGUGCUGGGGAGUCUGGGAAGAGUACCAUUGUUAAACAGAUGAAGAUCAUCCAUGAAGCAGGCUACUCAGAGGAGGAGUGUAAGCAGUACAAGGCUGUGGUCUACAGCAACACCAUCCAGUCCAUUAUUGCCAUCAUCAGAGCCAUGGGACGCCUGAAGAUUGACUUUGCUGAUCAAGCCAGAGCAGAUGACGCGCGGCAGCUGUUCGUCCUGGCGGGCUCAGCAGAAGAGGGCUUCAUGACCAGUGAACUGGCUGGGGUCAUCCAGCGGCUGUGGAAAGAUGGAGGAGUUCAAGCCUGCUUCAGCCGCUCCCGAGAGUACCAGCUCAACGACUCUGCAGCAUAUUACCUAAAUGACCUGGACAGGAUAUCCAACAGUGCUUAUGUUCCAACCCAGCAGGAUGUGCUGAGGACCAGAGUCAAAACUACUGGUAUUGUGGAAACACACUUCACUUUCAAGGACCUGCACUUCAAAAUGUUUGAUGUAGGUGGACAGAGAUCAGAGAGGAAGAAGUGGAUUCAUUGUUUUGAGGGCGUCACUGCCAUCAUCUUCUGCGUGGCUUUGAGUGACUACGACUUAGUGCUGGCUGAGGACGAGGAAAUGAAUCGAAUGCACGAGAGCAUGAAGCUAUUUGACUCCAUCUGCAACAACAAGUGGUUUACAGAGACCUCCAUCAUCCUCUUCCUCAACAAAAAGGACUUGUUUGAGGAGAAGAUCAAAAAGAGCCCCCUUACAAUCUGCUUCCCUGAGUACGCAGGCGCCAACACCUACGAGGAGGCCGCAGCAUACGUCCAGUGCCAGUUUGAGGACCUAAACAAGAGAAAGGACACCAAGGAGAUCUACACCCAUUUCACCUGUGCCACUGACACCAAGAACGUGCAGUUUGUGUUCGAUGCCGUCACUGACGUUAUCAUCAAGAACAACCUGAAGGACUGCGGUCUUUUCUAAAAGGCAGCUUGGUGUCCGGUUUAAUGAGUGACUUUAUUCAAGAGGAGUAGAGGAAGCUUGGACUGAUGUCACUUUUAACCUCUUAUUAACUUAUGUUCAUCUCUGAAAGUUUAAAAAUGGUGUGUAGAGAAAACAUUUUGUGUAAAAUAUUUGUACAACUGUCUAUGGCCAGGGAUUUUUUUCCUCUAUUUUUAAAAUGUGCUUCUUUUACCUUAUUUUUAUUUGUAUGUAAAAAGGGGGGCCUUUGCUUUUUCUUUUUUGUCUGUGCAUCACAUUUUCUUUUCUCUUUUGUAGUUGCUCAUGCCUUGCAUGCCUUAGUUGCAGUGUUUUUUCUUUAUUGUUCACUUGUUUAUUUAGAUGCCACCAUUUAACUCUUCUCGAGUCCCUUCAGUUCAUACUAUGUUUAUUUUUUUAAUAAUUCUGGCCACUUCACUGUUAUAUAUACAUAUUUUGCCUCCUUGUAUAAAACAAGCAAGACCAAUUCACUCUGAUGCUGACAUACUGUGAGAGCUGUGUGGAAACUGAUGUUUGGUUUUCAUGGGUGAUACGAGUGAUGUGUGUGUGUGUGUGUGUGUGUGUGUGUGUGUGUGUGUGCGCGCAAUAUAAAACAAAGGGACUUUAU